UGUAGAGAAAGUGGUGAAGAAUGUUGUGUUUGUGAAUAAAAAUACGGUUAAAAUAGUAGUUUUACUAUAUAUGAAGACGUCGUGGUACAAAUCAGGCGCUAAUUUAUAGUUCAGAGGUGUGUUUCUGAUGAAAAACUGCCCAGAUUCAAAAAACGUAGCGGUAGAAAUGGAGAACGAAGAAGUCGCUGUCGAGCCAGAUGGGCAUGAAGGCGACGAUGAGAGGACUAGUGGACCUAGUGGGUCGGAGAUGGUUGGGAAGGAUGUAGAAGACAAAAUACAGGACCAACAGGUUGACAGUUCUUGUGUUGCAAGCUUAGCCUCCACCGAGGUAAAACCAAUGCGGAUUCAGAAAAAACAUCGGCGCGGAUCGCGUCGAAAUCGAAAAAAAUAUAAACCUUACACGAAAAUGACGUGGGACGAAAAGAAAGCCAAGCUCGAGCUGGAUGCGAAAAAGGCUAAUAAAAUACGGGAACAAUACACAAACGAGAAAGGACGACCUGCAGCUCCUUAUAACACUACACAAUUUUUGAUGGAUGAACACGAUCGUGAAGAACCUGAUUUAGGAAAUCAUUUACACAUGCAGUCGGACAGCGAGGGAGAAGAUGAGGACGAGAGUGGAGACUCCGCGGGACGACGUACAAGASAGGAUUCGCAUUCUUUGGACGAUCCAGAAUUGGAGGAUUACAACGAAUUACCUGAGGAUGAAAUUUAUGAACAGAAAUUCUUCGAAAAAGAUUUUACAGAGGCUUAUGAACAGUGUCAUGCGGAAAGUUUGUAUUCAAUGAAGAAAGACGAUUUAGUACGCGAGUGUAUAUCGCUAGAGGAACGAGUUGAAGCUUUGGAGAGACAGUUACGGAAGAUUCAUAGCGGUAGUAUUGACAAUGGUUACAAAGAAAGCUCGUUCGGUGAGCAACCUAGUUGUGCCAACAACACAACAGGCGACAAACUGAGUCAUAGCAAUCAAGAACUUGUUCGAGCUUUGCAGUCUGAAUUGAGCAGGCUGAAGAGCGAAAACGCGAAGCUAAAAAGUUCAAGUAUAAAACCUAUGUGUAUUGAAAACAGUGCAUAGCAUUCAUUUUAUAUUAAAUAGUAGCAAGAAUAAGUUAUUUUACAUAGCAUGUGCAGUAUCUGUUUUGUUGGUCAAUGACUUAUUUGCUAUUCUUACUGAAACUUAAUUUUGUGUCGGCGAUCUUUCACUAUGUAAGCUUAAUCUUUAAAUAGAUCUAUAUUUCCCUCACAGACAUUUUUAAUAUCMUCUUAAAAGUUUCCCAACUUUGUACAUAAUUACAUCUGUCUAAUUAGAUGAAACUGUAAUAAUUAGAGUGACCAAUGUAGACUUGAAAAUAAAUCUCGCAAGUAUAAAUU